UUUAUAGUCAAUGAAUAACACUUCUGGAAUAAUUUUUUUAUCAGACGACAGUGGAGGCGAAAAUGAAAUUGCUUUAACAGACAAACAACAAGUUCAUAUUGAGGAGAUUCCUUCAACUUUUAACACAAAACAAAAUUCUGACAUUUUCAACUUUUCAAUAAAUCAAAAAACACCAACUACUCCACAACAUUUAAAUAACAAUUCUUUUAACAAUAUUUCUCCUCCCCCACCUUUAUAUUUUGGAGCAGAAGAUGAUUUUCUUUAUUCAAAUGAUUUAUCUCCAAUAAAUAAUUUACAACCUUCUACUAGUUCACAAAAUAGUAAUAAUUCUUCAAAACGAAGUUUAAUUAAUAAAGAGAACAAAAAUGCAUUUUUGAGUGAAAAUUGUGAAGUAAAUAAUGAAAAAAAUGUUGGAGAAGAAGAAGAGGCUCAACCAGCAGCGAAAAAACGUAAGAAGAGGACAAAAGAGGAAAUUGAAGCAGAAAAGCUUCAAAAAGAAGUUAUUCGUGUUCAACGUGAAAUGCAAUCUGCAAAAAAUACAAAAUGUGAACAAUAUUUGUUUUGUUAUUUUUCUAAUAGAAUAUUAACAAUUAAUGAUAAUUUACGUGAGGAAUUAAAUACAAGAUUUAAUGAAAGAGGAAUUCCAAAUCAAUUAAUUUAUGAAAAUAGUACGGGGAAUUUGAUGAGAAUUACUUGGAGGCGUAAGCGAAUAGAAGCUUGUAUUGAUCAAGGAAAAUUGAAUAAAUCGGAGAAUAUGGAAUUACAAUCAUGGUUUUGUUGUGUAUUAAGUGCUGAAACUUUCACUGUAUUAGCUAAAACAAAAGAAGGUGUUAUUAAUUUUAUAAAAGAACAAACUGUGGCACAUAAAAAGCAAACUAAAGAAGAUGUUCGUCUUAAAUUAAUUGUGUUGGGGAAACAUACAAUUCGAGAAAAUAUUCUUUCGUCUUUAAUAUUCGAGGCUUAUGAACGUUAUCGUGCUCAAAUUCGUAUGGUUCCCGAUGUUUUGGAUUUUUCCUUUUUGGUUGUUCAAAUGCAUAGAGCUUUGGCUAAGGCAGAAAAGAAAAGUGAUAAACUGGCUAUGGCUGAAUUAGUCGGAAUUGCUUCAAAUCACUUUGCCGUUUCUAAAGGAAUAUCGGAAGGUCCAGGUAUGGUGACUGAUUGGUGGACUAGAAUGUUGGAACAUGUGCCUAGAUUAAGUGAAGAACAACGUCGAGCAAUUAUAAAAGAACAUCCAAAUCCAAUAAAAUUAAUGUCUAAUUUGAUGGAUUUAACAAAUUCUCCAGGCAAUUCAAUGUUUAAAUUGUCAGAAAUUAAAGGAGAAAGUGGUAGAAGAUUAGGCCCAGUUAUGGCACAAAGAAUUUAUAAAAUUUUGACAAGCAUGGAGGGAGAGGAAAUUAUUGAUUUGGGUACUAAUUGA